AGGCGAGCGCGGGCCGGGCGGGCGGGGGUUGAGGCUCUCGACGAGGCAGUCUUCCCCUGCAGCCAUGGCGCCCACGCUUGCCACCGCUCAUCGCCGGCGCUGGUGGAUGGCGUUCACAGCCAUCAUCGAGAACCUGCUCUUCUCUGCCGUCCUGCUGGGCUGGGGGUCGCUGCUCAUCAUGCUGAAAGCAGAAGGGUUUUACUCCUACCUGUGCUACGGGUCGGGUGAGGAUGCUCGGAGGGACUGGCUGAAUGGAGGAAACUCCACCAGCCACAAUGAACAAGAAAACAGCACAGCUUCAGAGAGCAAAUGGCCUUCCUGCAAUGCACAAGAUGAAAUGCUAAACUUGGCCUUCACCAUUGGGUCCUUCCUGCUCAGUGCCAUCACCCUUCCCCUGGGGAUUGUCAUGGACAAAUAUGGCCCUCGCAAGCUGCGGCUGCUUGGCAGUGCCUGCUUUGCUGUGUCCUGUGUGCUGAUUGCAUAUGGUGCCAGUAACCCAGACUCUCUGUCUGUGCUGAUAUUCAUUGCACUGGCUCUGAAUGGCUUUGGUGGGAUGUGCAUGACCUUCACAUCGCUUACGUUGCCCAACAUGUUUGGUGACCUUCGUUCCACGUUCAUUGCUCUGAUGAUUGGCUCCUAUGCUUCCUCUGCUGUUACUUUUCCAGGAAUCAAGGUUAUAUAUGACUUUGGGGUCUCCUUCAUCCUUAUUCUGCUUGUCUGGGCAAGCUGUGCAGGAUUAGUUUUCCUCAACUGUUUCUUCAACUGGCCGCUGGAGCCUUUCCCAGGUCCAGAGGACAUGGACUAUACGGUGAAAAUAAAGUUCAGCUGGCUGGGAUUUGACCACAAAAUCACUGGGAAGCAGUUUUACAAGCAAGUGACAACUGUGGGGCGCCGUCUCAGUGUCGGAAGCUCCAUGAAGGGCCCCAAAGAGCUGACAGCCUUGCAAGAGAAUAACAAGCUCUGUCUGUCCACAGUGGACCUGGAAGUGAAGUGCCAGCCUGACAACACAGCUUCUCCCUCCUUCAUGAAGAGUGUUUUCAGCCCCAUCUUGUUGCUCAGCCUUAUCACCAUGUGUGUCACCCAACUGAGGCUCAUCUUCUACAUGGGGGCCAUGAAUAGCAUUCUUGGGUUUCUGUCUGGAGAUGAAGAUAAAGUGAGUCUUUACACUUCCAUUUUUGGAGUGUUGCAACUGCUGUGCUUGUUGACAGCACCUGUGAUCGGGUACAUCAUGGACUGGCGACUGAAAGAGUGUGAUGAUGCCUCAGAAGACAAUGAGGAGAGCAACACUGAGCAAAGUGAUAAGAAAAAGAAAAAACGUGAUCGUCAGAUCCAGAAAAUCACCAAUGCCAUCAAUGCCUUUGCGUUUACGAACCUCCUGCUGGUUGGAUUUGGAGUCACCUGUCUUAUUCCUAACCUACCAUUACAGAUUCUUUCCUUCAUUUUGCACACAAUUGUGAGAGGAUUCAUCCACUCAGCUGUGGGAGGCCUCUACGCAGCUGUAUACCCCUCUACUCAGUUUGGCAGCUUGACAGGGUUGCAGUCUUUGGUCAGUGCCCUUUUUGCCCUUCUGCAGCAGCCUCUGUUUAUGGCAUUGACGGGACCUUUGGAAGGAGACCCUCUCUGGGUGAAUGUUGGCUUGCUUGGUCUGAGUUUGCUGGGCUUCUGCCUUCCCAUCUACCUGGUCUGCUACAGACGCAGGCUAGAGAGAGAAAAAAAGCAGAAGAAUGAUGAUGCCAAACUCUUCCUCAAAAUUAAUGGCACUCCUAAUGAGGAAGCUUUUGUGUAAACUGGUGCUUCGAAUGCAACUUCCCCUGUACAGGUUCCUGCCACAUCCGUGGGCUCUACCUGUGGUGUAAGCCAGGAUUUUUCUUUCCUGGCUCUGCCAGUCUUUGCUCAUCACUGGAGUGAGGGCCAUACAGCAUGGCUGAGCUUUCCUCAGAUAUACAGCAGGAAGAGACCUCCCACUCCUUACUCCGGAACAUGGGACACUUUUCCGUUUUAUAAAGGCUACACAGUUAUUGUGUCUUAAAUUAUUCCCUGAUCACACUCUCCAGCAGCAGAGUCAUUGCCUUAGGGAGACUGGGGGAGAGAAGGAAUUGGAGGGAUGGGGGAAGAGGGAAGAGACCGUAAUUUGAGUUUGCAAAUGUAACACACUGAAGUGGCUUUUCUUGUUUUUGUUUUUCCCCUCCGUCCUCCUUCCCUCAACCUUGGCUGACAUUGUCUCAGAUGCAAGCUGCACUCUCCUCCCUUCCCUUAGGUUUGUCAGUGGCCUUUCUUCUUGAUGGGUAGCUGGACCCAGUGGUUUUACUGUCUAUCCAGACGUAUCCCAGGCUGUUCCUGAGGCAGGGAAGGGAAUUUCUUCCUGUGUGUAUGAGCAGAACUUCAGUAUAUUGCUAAAUGCUGGCUGCUGGUGUUGACAACUCCCAAAUCCUUUAUUACUACAUAUGGCACAGACUGUGAGCAAUGGAUCUGCCUUCCACACUGAAAUGAAGAACCUAGUGGACUGCUUGGUCCUAUCCCAAGCCUUCAAAGGCCUGGAUUCCUCUUCCAGCCUGUAAACCAUCUGUACAUGUUAUAAACUGUCUUCAGUCCUGAACCUUUCAGAUAGGAAUUGGAUCUUGUUUACCGAUGAAGUGCUUUGAGACUUGUUGCCUUUUGCCACCUCCUCCCUCUGAAAUGACCCUGGGAGAGGAGCAGCAGCUUGUACUUAGUAAAGUGGAGGAGCUUCUUGAAGGUGGGUUCUGGGGCUCCACACAACCUUGGUAUUAAUGUGUCAUGAACUGACUUGCUGUUAUAUCAAGAGUGCAGAACACUCCUUGCAUCUGAUAACUGGAUCCUGUGAACACAUGUCAGGGCGAUGUGGCAACAUAAUUCUUCCUUUAGCCUUUACAUUGUUCAUUGUUCUGAUAGUAGCCCCCAAGCUGCUGAACACCAGGUUACUGUGACUGACCAAAAAGCUGCUGGUUUGGCUGUAUUACAAGCCUUCUACAAUGUCUAUGCUCUGUCUGGACAGAGUACAUGGUGACUGAUUGUAUGGUGAAUCUGACUUAUGGAGCAAUAUGUGUGGGUAAAGGUACCCCAGGGUCUGUUUGUCAUGGAGGAAAUACAAAGGGAAUUCUUGACCUGCUUAUUUUUAUGUUGGGUUUCCUAAGUCUUGUCUGAGUAGACAUUUCUCCCCUUAACCUUCUCAGUGAGGUCAGUAGCUCAGCCGCUGUACCCUUGUGAUGAGCAUUAAACACUGCACUAUUUGGACCUGCUCUGGGCAGGACUGUGCUGCGUUGAGGAUGAACAUCACCAGCAGGUGUGCAGCAGCAUGCAUGCUGGGCUGAGCUAGUGGCUGCAGGAAGGUUGGAGGAGAGGAAAAGAAAAAAUAGAGAAAGCAAUUAGGAAGAUGUAGUGGUGGUGCUUUCUGAACUGCCAAGUCCUGCAUUUACUGCUAAGCCUGGCAGCAGGUAAGUCAUUAAACUUCACAUCUGUUUAGAAAAGUGAGGCUCUUUAUCACUGUCCUAUGAACUCCAAGUUGGACAUUGGAAACAUCAGUGUGCCUGGACCUGCUGGUGAGAAGUUACCUGAAAACUAGGUGUUAACUCCUAUACCGAUGACUUGAAACAUGCAGAUGCUCCACCCAGCCAGGUUUUCACCAUCCUAAAUUGCAAGCUUGGCAACCUCUUGCGCAGAGCCUCGAGAGGAAUCGCUGGGUGUCGGAAAUCCUGAGGAGCUGCUUGCUGGUGCCCUUGCCAGGACGCAGUGACUAGGCAGCUUUGUGGGACAGCAGCGCCAUCUCGAGUCGCUGCCUUCAGAUAGCUCCUGCGAGCAGUUCAGAUGCUACUACACUCCAUGGUACCUUUUAGUCAUUGGUCACUUGUUUUUAAAAUGACUUGCCACUGAAUAUUUUACACACUUGUGAAAUUUUUGUGUGUUGCCUUUAUUAAAUGUGUUUGUUCCAAGACAGCAUUAUUGCCUGCUGUCAACAUGAUGAUGUUCUAAAACUUUCUCUUCGCCUUUAUAGCUUUGGUGAUGACUUACCAACCUUCCCAGCUUUUUCUUUGUGUCAAGCAAUAAUUAGGGAGGCACAGCUCUGAUUUGGUUUCCUGCUCACUUGCGAUUGUCUGAAGUAUGUGUCUAGAAAUCCGUCUGCAGUAGUUCAGCUUUUUUGUAUUUCCAGAGAGCUUUUUUGCAGAUUUGUGUUCUGUAUUGCUAUACUUACCACUUCUGAAUGUUUCUAAAAGAAGGUUCCUACUCUUGCUGCAAGGUAUUUGUGAUGUGAGAAUGACCUUUUUAAGAUUUCAAACAAAUGAGUGUCUAAGCCACAGUCCUCAGGUUCACAGCAUCUGAAAACAGACAGCUGUUUGAGGACUUCGGUGUGCUAACUUCACCUUAAUUUCAAAAUAUUUAGCAUGCUGUCUUCCACUCUGCCACUUGAAUCCCUGGUAUGAAUGUCCCUGCAAAAUGGUAGAAUACACUCUGGAUGACGUAUUUUCCCAAGGUCAUGGUGGAGAUGCUGCUGCCUUUGAAGUGUGCACGGCUAAAUUAAAUGGAGAACACCCUCUUAUUCCUGCCAUCUACCUCCCUGCUGUAGUUCCCAAGUCCUGCCUUGUAUUAGAAGUAUUCUCCAAUCCAGUUUCAUGUGCUAAAAUACUGGAUAAAUGUCAUUAGUGUUUAGAAACUGCUAGUCAGCUGUAAGGAGAAGAACACAUGCCUUUGAGUCAAGGUUUCGGGCUUUUUGCAAAUUCAGAGUAAAGCAUGCCUUUGGCUUGCAGUCACAAGGACUGAUGGGUACACAAUGAAGCUUCAGUUGUCAGGGUUUAAAUGGACAAAAGGGAGUGCUUUCUCACGCAGUGCAAAGUCAAGCUGAGGAAUUCAUUGCUAAAGGAUGUUUUGGGGAACAAAGUAUAAAUGAAUUUUUAAAGGGGGCUAGUUAAGCGAUGGUUUAAUAUGUCCACUAAUUCAGGGAGACUUAAAGUUGCUUAAACAGGAAAAGUAUGCCAAAGAAUGAUUACUUUUCCUGGUGCUCUGUCUCUUUGAGAAUAUGCUAGUAUACAAUGGAGGAAAUAAUGCUGGGCCAGGUGGAAUGCUGGUCUGAUCUUGUGGAGUUCAUUUUCCUCCACCAGUUGCAGACUAGACUAAUUUUAAAGGCAAUCUCAAAUUUAUUUAUCAGUAAAGCUAUGUCCGCAUGUACAAUAUGCAUAUACUCUGUGGCAUAAUUCCUUAAAUGCUGCAUCCCCUGCAGUGGUGGGCCUCUCAAAGGACAGCUAUAGUAUUCUGGCUUCAACUUCCUUUACAUGUUGUCUUGCAUGGUGCAGAAAAAGUCAAGACAGUUCUAUUAAACGUCAUUGCACAUGGGCAAUUUGCCUUGUUUUCUGAUGCUUAUGGAAACAUAAUCAUGGAUUACUUAAAUCUGGAAUGGAAUAUAGCAUUUCUGCUUUCCAGCCAAAUGAUGCAGGACAAAAAAUUUCUGAUGUACUCUUCUACACAUGUGAACCACUCAGUGGAAAAAAAUAAAUGGGCUACCACAGGCUAGAGAGCCUCAUCAAUUAAAUCAAUAAUGCAUUUACCUGUAUAAUUAAAAUGUAGGUCAAUGUGUUUAACUGACUUCAUAAUUUCCAAAUACUAGAACUCGUAAACUUUUUAACGCACCUUGUCUCUCCCCUUCCCCCCCACGCCCCUGUGUUAGAAGUGCUAUGAGGUGGUUGUGGAAAAGACCUCUUUCUUCAGUAGAAGCAUCCCUAACUGAAUGUAAUUAAACACAAGCCUGAUCUGUGAGUCCUUGCUGUUUGCAGAAGCACUCAGACUCAGUCAUGCUACUGUAUAAAGGUGACUGCACCUUCUGGAGUAACUGCUCCUGGUUUCUACAGAGAACUCUCAUGCACAUUUAAUAAGUGUCUUUAUUUAGGGAAAAUGGAGUAGGGAACGGACACAGAGUUUUUUACUGAGAUGUCAGUACCUAAAACCCAUCAACAUAAUCUUUGUAGCACUAAUGUAAUGAUGCUAUCAAGAGCAGCAGAGAAUCUGGGCCAUUUUGCUUAAUAGAAAUCUCGUAACUUUAUUCAGUUACUGUUAUAGAGUAUCUAGAUCCUUAAGAUAGAAUUGGACACAGAUUGCAGAAAACAAGUCUUUACCAAGAGUCCAGCUUAACUGCAAUGUUGUUAGAGUGAUUGAAACAUUGAACUCCCACAGCAAUGCCUGGCCUCUCCAUGCUCUGUCUAUAAAGGAAAAUUGUAAAAUAAUGAGAUUUUAAUGGAAACAGUAAAUCAUUAAAAUGUUUUAAUAGGUGUUUUUUCUCUUGACAAGCUGAUGAAUUUGGAAAAUAGUGUGAGGUAUAUAAAGCAGGUACUCCAAGGAAAAAGAAUGAAAACUUAAACAUACAAAUUUUGUUGGUUUUUUUUCUUUAUCUGCAAGGCUUUUGGUAGUCCCUGCUUCCCACUAGGGAAUUAGAAGUGCAGAGUAUUCAUAAUGCAAGCUAGUAUUACACUAGUAUUCCUGGUGGGAAGGGCCAGUAAAAACAGACACUUCUGAUUAGAUUUUACAACAUCUGUCUUCUCUGGAAAUAGCUGAAGCAGUGAUGUAUUAUGUAAAUGCAUUCUUACAUGUUAAUUAUAAACUUUACAGGCUCUUUUUUUCCUGUCUUUGCGUGAUCUGCUUUUCUCAGUGUCCUGUGCUCCACACUGUCAUCCUUCCUACUGCUGCUUAUCACUCCCAUGUGCCCGACUCUAUUGCUUGCUCUUUAUUCUUGGAACAGUUCCUGUUUUCAGAACUUCCUCCCUCCUUUCAGCCUCCUAGGAUUAACCUCCCUCACCUCCUGUUAUUCCUGGUAUUUUUGUUUUUUUAUUGUAUCUGUCAAAGUUCAAGCGUAAACUCCUUGUGGCAGAGCUCUGUCAUUUUAUGUGUUUGUAAGGUAAUGUGCAUUCUUACAGUACUAUCUAAAAAUAAAUGUGGUAUUAAAUUAAUCAUUAGAUUUCCUUUGGAGGCUGAACACAAUAAAGGUAUUGCUUGUUUUGUAA